UUUUUUUAAACAUAUUUUACCUGCAAUGCAUUUUGAGCUCUUACAUUUUUCCAGCAAAGGCCUGAAGAAGAACUUCCAUAUUUGAGACCACCGCAGUUAUGUCUGUUUCUUGCAACUAUUUCAACUCCAAAAGACACAAAUGGUUUACAUUCUGUUACAACACAAACCAGCUCAUUGUCCACAGCCUUAACCAACCUUAGUUAUUCCAAUUCACUCAAUCAACAACCUAUGAACGGCUUCGAUUCUGCCGAGAUGGAAAAUCGAGUCACAAUAGCCAAUCUCGACGAGUUUUGCAGCGCCCAACGAGGAAAAUAUGUUCGAAAUUUCCCACCCGAUGCAUUUUAUCCCCAAGCCUUCGAUUUUCAAGCCGCAAACCGAUUUUUCGUUAAUCAAGAAAACUUUAUCAAUCCAAACAACCCCUUUGAGUACGCUGAAACUGGCUCGUCAAACGCCGCGAACACUUCGUACGGGACUAUGAGUCUUGCCACGUCAGCACCUCCUCCUGUUUUGCGCGGGAGCUCGGAUUUGAGCUCGUGCAGCAGCAAAAAUGCUUCUUCAAGCCUCGACUCUCAUGAUCAUCAAGUCCAAUUAACCCCCGGUUCAAGAUUUGUGCGCGCAGUGCAAGAAAUACUUGCAGAGAUUUCCCGUUAUGCCCUCGAGCAUGUUGACUACACGAGUUAUCCCGGAUUUGACUUUCCCUACCGCGAUCCGUGCAUGUUCAACCACUUGCACGAACGAGAUAUCGUAGUUCGGAAAAAGCACCUACUUUCCUUACUGCAAUUGGUGGAUGAGCGGUACAGCCAAUGCAUGCACGAGAUUCACACAGUGACAUCAGCUUUUCAUGCGGUGACUGAGCUGGACAUGAACCUACACGCGCGUUUCGUGCUCCCUGGAAUCUCUUUCAUGUACAGAAAUCUGAGAGAAAGGAUUAGCUCACACAUUCUUUUACUAGGACAAUCGAGCCAUAACGAUGGGGACUCUGGAGAGAAUAAUUCAUUCGAGACGAGCUUCAUUCAGAAGCAGUGGGCUUUGCAGCAAUUGAGCAAGCAGGAUCACCAGCUGUGGAGGCCACAAAGAGGCCUGCCAGAAAAAUCUGUCUCGGUUCUGAGGGCUUGGAUGUUUCAAAACUUCCUCCACCCGUACCCGAAAGAUGCAGAGAAGCACUUGCUAGCUUUGAAAAGCGGUCUCACGAGGAAUCAGGUUUCCAACUGGUUUAUAAAUGCCCGUGUUCGAUUAUGGAAGCCGAUGAUAGAGGAAAUGUAUGCAGAGUUGAACAGGAGAAAAGCUUGCAGAAAUGAAGAGGCUGAGGGGAACCACAGAAAAACUUAUGUGUUAUGAGAGUAGAAGUAUUUGCUAUGGAUUGAGUUGUGGGAUAAAUGUAAUGUUAUUUGUAUUAUGCUAUGUAGUUGUUCUUUUGAUCUGUAUCCUUGGAAUAGUAUAUAGUAUGGGAGGAUAUGAUUACAAGUGUUUGAGAUUUAAGUUACUGGCCUUUUUUGGGCUUCUGCUCAACUGAGACAUGUCUUUAGCAUUUCGCGUUUAUGUGAUAUUUUCAACAAAGGUUUGAGAUUACGUGAUAAUUAAUGUUCAUGGUUAUAUUAGGUUAUAUGAGAAGUUAUGGGUAGAGUUACUAUUCGUACGGAAUUAUUCAAGCACAGUUUGAUUCAGCUUUGUAAAAACUCAAGUUCGGCAAGUUCAUUUACUUGAACAAACCGAACUUGCACAGCUAAUCAAACUCGGUCGUUUAAAU